AUGAGUGUCAACCUCAACGAUAACGACCAAGCUCGCAUUUUAGGCUCAACAAUUGCGGUAUCUGUAUUGGCAGAUAUAGCAAUAAUUCUCAGAUUUGUUUCCAGAAAAAUCAAAGGCAGCUAUGCCAUUGAUGACUUGUUAGCAGUCAUAGGUCUGAUUUUCUCGUGGGGAUGUCUUGGUUUAGGAAUAUUCAUGGUGGUCAAUGGAGUUGGGAAACAUGUCCAGCUUACUACACCAGUACAGCAAGUUAAUUUCUUCAAGGCUCUCAUGGCCUAUGAAAUCAUUUACUUUGUCAGUCUCGCUGCGACGAAGAUGUCUAUCCUACUAUUUUACACACGAUUGUUCCCAACACGAGAAUUCAAACUUGCUGCCAAGGUGAUUGCGUGUAUAGUCACAGCCUGGCUUAUUGCGACAAUCCUUGUUUCUGUAUUUUCCUGCAGCCCAGUUCGAGCUUUUUGGACGCAUGAGGCUGGAUCCAAGUGUAUCAAUUCGGAGCAGUUCUAUAUCGCCAAUGCGGUACCUAACAUUAUCACGGAUGCCUUUAUUCUGACUCUCCCGCUUCGCAUGGUCUGGGGGCUACAUACAUCCAAGUGGGAAAGGGUCGCUCUUACUUUUAUCUUCAUGCUUGGUAGCUUCGUCGUCGUGGCAAGUAUCAUUCGUUUGUCCCAACUUCACGAAGUAUCCAACCCCGACUUUACCUGGGGUUUUAACAACACCGUUAUUUGGUCGUCUGUUGAGCCUUCAGUUGCCGUCAUCAGCGCCUGUCUACCUACUAUGCGUCCUGUAGUAGAAUUCAUUCUACCUCGAUCAUGGCGCACUCGGAGCUUCAAGUCCUCAUCCCACGCACACAGUUUCUCUCAAGACACAUCAAAGUAUAUGGGCAAGCCUUCAAAGGUUCCGGAUACCGACCACCAUACUAUCGAUUCAGAAGACCAAAGGCUUAACGGUUACUGGGCUGGUUCUUACGGUCAAGAAGUACCACUCAACCCUAUUGCAAAAUCAAGCCGGCAGCCGUUCAAUGAAUACUCAAAAGAUGCAUCAUCUAGAUCUCGUGAGAUUCAUGUUGAGACCAAUAUCAAUGUCUCAGCUUCGUCUAUUGUGUAG